AACGCACUUUUUGAAGGGUGAUUAGUGAAGAAGACAUGACGGGAGGCUCUUCCCUCCAAGACAGACUGGGGGCCCGAGGCUCUGUGACAUCUCUCGAGCUGCCGCGUACCGGGCCCUAGACAAAUACUAAUGGCACGGGUGUCCGCUCCCCUCCCUCAGAUCCAGGCUCCGCUUCGCCCACAGAGUCCGAUGGCGGCAGCCCAGCCCAGGGACUCGGCUGAGUGUGGUGUGACCUUUGAGGACGUGGCCGUGUACUUCUCCUGGAAGGAGUGGAGGCUUCUUGAUGAGGCUCAGAGACGGCUGUACCACCAUGUGAUGCUGGAGAACUUUGCACUUGUAUCGUCACUAGCCCCAGUACCUGCUGCGCUGAGCCCUGAUCGGCUAAGAUCGCAGGUUGCUGCUGUGGAGCAGAGGAUGAGGAGGCCCCCUUUGCACAGAGCGCUUCUGUAG